AUGGAGGGUCUGGACCAAUGUCGCGAGGGACUUGAAUGGGAUGACGGGGGUUUUGAUCUGAAGCCACGCUGGGCACGAGAGCCCCAGCUUGAUGCUGUGCCCCAACUUUGCCGAAGGCCGCGAAGGGUUCUAGGUCUCGCGCAUGACGACCACUGUCAUGUCGCUUUUCAUGCAGAGGGCGCAUUCAACAAGCUAUAUCUGGUGGACGGCCCACGUGGCAAGUGUUUGCUCCGGAACAGGCUGACCGAUAUCGCUGCCGAGCCGGUCGUCUUCGACCCCAAGCCCGGCCAGCUCGUCUCCCGCUUCUUCUUCAGGGGCAACCACUUCCGCUACGACAUCCCGCGAGGGCCUUUCCCGUCGAGCCACGACUGGCUAAGCACCUACCUGGGCAUCAUCCGCCAGGAGCAAACCGACAUCCUCCAAAACGACGAUGAUGAAGACGUCCGCGAGGACGCUGAGUCGUGCUUGCAAGUUGCGACCAAGCUGGCGGCCCUGCUCCCCAAGAUCUUCCCGCCACUGCAACACCCCGCGGAGCGCACCGUUCUCUGGCACGACGACCUCUCACUCAGCAACAUUCUCGUCGACGCCGACAACGCCGAUGACGCCAAAGUCACGACCAUUCUGGACUGGGAGUGCGUCUCGUGCCAACCGCUGUGGGCGGCGACCGAGAUGCCCAAGUUCCUGCUCGGUCCGACGCGCGAGGCGGAGCCGGUCCGGGACGGGUAUGCGGACGAUGAUGGUGAGGAUGAUGUGCACGUGGGGGCCGAUGGACUGGACAACGAAGGCAGGACGGAGCUGUACUGGAUCCACCGGAUGGAGUAUGACAUGACGCGGCUGCGCAAGGUUUAUAACGAGCAGGUAUGGGAGCAGCUGGUGCCGUGGUGGGAGACGGAAGUUCUGUACGGGGCGCUGAAGCUUGAUUUCUUGGCGGCUGUCGAACAGUGUGCUGCGGGGUGGCAUCUCAAGGGGGUUGUGCGGUGGGUUGAGGCUGUCGAGGGGGGCAAGCACCCGCGUCUGAUGGACGUGCUUGACCCAAACUGGAACGGGUGUUCGGCAGUCUCUCGUCCCUCGCCACACUCGCAGGCAGGUGUCAGAACCUCCGGGACUCCCCGUGUGAACAAGAAGUCCCGCCUCCUCUACUACCCUGUCCGUAUCAACGAUUCCCCCCAUCCAGCGCAUGAUGGUGCCCGCGGCUCUCUCCACCGCCGUAGGCCCUUGAGGUCCCAAGGUUCGCGGUCGGCCCCUGUUGCCCCUCCUCGAGCUAAGUCUCUGCUGUAUCUUGCGGCAAGCGGUGAGGACAACGCUCCGCGCCGUCCUCUUGCCGCCUUGACCGUCGUCCAGAUCGGGUUGUUGGAGUCGGUUUUCGAAAUCGGCAAGCCGUUUGUUUAG